AUGAUCAGCAAACUGAUUUUACGACAUCUGACGACAGCAUUGCUUGCAGUGUUGGUUUCUUCCGCAGAAGGAUCUCGCGGUCGAGGUGCCCCCUCCUCGGAAUGUCCCCUCGUCACCGGAUAUGAGUUCCACCGCAAGCAGGAGGCGGCCAGCGUGCUCAUCCUCGGCACAUCUGCCGCCUCUUCGCCUGACAGCAUCGCUGAGGAAUGUGGAAACACGAGGUUCUGUAACGCCUUCACUGCCGCCGGUGACCUGCUGUCCGUCCCCAUGUUCCCCGUGUUCACUGACAUGGAGGGGGACGGCAGCGCUGCUGACGUGAAGCCAUGUGACGGCACCUACCUCUCCAAGCGAACUCUUUCAGGCCUGCGCCUGCCCGCCGACAUGAAGCUGGAGGCUUUGCGCCGGGUGGGCGCUGAAAAGGCCAGGAAUCUCCGGGCCGCCGUAGCCGCAGCCAAAAGGGUAGCUGCAAAGCUGAGGAUGAAAAAUCGUAAUCCUCGCACCGCCUAUCGCCUCCCCGCGGAGGAGACGGCGCUGGAUCAGUCGAGUGUCACAGCCGGAUCCUACAUGUACGACGACGUACUGGAUGCGCUGUCGUACCCGGAAUGGGACUCCCGUUUCAGCGGUCCUUUCAACUUCGUCAGCCCCGUCAAGGACCAGGGGGGUUGCGGCGCGUGUGUUGCCUUCGCCGCCGCGGGCAUGGCGGAGGCAUUGAUAGCGACAGUUAACAACGCCUCCGCGUACGACAUUGACUUGUCAGAGCAUUGGCUGUUCUUCUGCAGCACUUCGUCAGGACCCCUGUGUGAGGAAGGCUGGUACGCCUCAUCCGCUGUUACCGUCAUAGCGAACCAAAGCAUACCGUUUGAGUUCAACUAUCCAUACCGGCCAGACGCACCCUCUUGUAAGCUCCUUUCGCCACCUGAACGGAGGCCAGGCGGGGUCUUCAAAUACAUCUACAUCACUGAUCUCACUGCGGCUAAGCAGCACAUCCGUACGUACGGCUCUGUAACGACUUUCUUCGCCGUACAUGCUGAUUUAUAUACGUGGUCUCCGGCGUCAGGCGCUUCUAGAGUUUAUGUCUUAUCGGCAGCGCUUACAUCGUUUGUAGCGCAUGCUCUAACGUUUUUAAACCCUUACGUCUGGGAUGGCGUGAGCCCGCAGACAGGCUAUCACCAGAUGGCGGUGGUGGGCUACAACGACACAGGUUCGUACUGGAUCGCCAAGAACAGCUGGGGCACCGGUUGGGGCGAUAAGGGAUUUUUGCUUAUGUCGUACAAUGCAAAUCUGCGCCCGUCGCCCCCGUCAGCCCCCAGACCGCAGAAAGGUGUCCGUGAUCCGCCUUCGCCGCCACCUACAUUCCCGCCCUCCCCGUCAUAUCCCAAGCCGCCGUCGCCGCCACCAUCAAGGGGGGACUGUGGGGUGUGUCGCAAUUGCAACCGGAACUUCCUCUGCGAGCCGCAUCUGGGUGAGAAAUGCGUCAUCGGGGGAACCGGCUGCUUGGAUUGCGGCAAUUGCAAGACCAUUUUUUGUGGAGAUGGCAAGUGCACAUCCAACUCGCCUACGGGCGGCUACAAGGAGACGUGUUCCUCAUGCCCCAUGGACUGCGGCCGGUGCUAA